AUGGCGGAACAGGGGGAUAAUGUUACCAUUCCAGAGUUCCACACUCUCCUCCAAAUGGACCCCUACCUCAAACCCUACACGAAGGACUUCAAGCGGAGGUAUGAGUUGUUCCAAAAACAGCUUUUCCAGCUUGAAGAGGCGGAGGGCGGUUUCGACCAAUUCACGCGCAGCUACUGGGCCUUCGGCGUGCAGCGGCAGCCCAACAACAGCCUCUUCUUCAAGGAGUGGGCUCCGGCAGCGGAGGCUCUGUUCCUCACCGGGGAUUUCAACGGCUGGGACAAAUUCUCCCACCCAUACAGCAAGAGAGAUUACGGCAAAUGGGAGCUGAUUCUCCCGCCCAAGCAUGACGGCUCUCCUGCUGUGGAUCACAACAGCAAGCUCAAGGUGGUUGUUCACACCAAGGCCGGCCAGCGACUCUACCGGAUCUCGCCGUGGGCAAAAUACGUCACCAAGGAGGAGAAUAAAGUCAUUUACGACUGGACUCACUGGGACCCCCCUCAUCCCUACAUUCAUAUUCACCCACGGCCUAUGAAACCCAUGCACCUGAGGAUCUACGAAGCCCACGUUGGCAUCGCCUCGCCCGAGGGAAAGAUUGCGUCGUACACCAACUUUACUCGCAACGUGCUGCCUCGUAUAAAAGACUUGGGUUACAACUGCAUUCAAAUGAUGGCCAUUAUGGAGCACGCCUAUUACGCAAGCUUUGGCUAUCAGGUGACCAGCUUCUUUGCUGCUUCCAGUCGCUACGGCACCCCCGAUGAGUUGAAGCAGCUGAUCGACACGGCGCACUCGAUGGGCAUCGUGGUGCUGCUGGACGUGGUGCACAGUCAUGCGUCCAAGAACACGGAAGACGGCCUCAACGAGUUUGACGGCUCAGACUCGUGCUUUUUCCACUCGCCGCCCCGAGGGGAGCACGCACUCUGGGACAGCCGCCUCUUCAACUACUCCAGCUGGGAAGUCCUCCGUUUCCUGCUCUCCAACCUGCGCUGGUGGAUGGAGGAGUACAAGUUUGACGGAUUCCGAUUCGACGGCGUCACCUCGAUGUUGUAUCAUCACCACGGAAUCGGCGUGGCUUUCUCGGGCGACUACAGCGAGUAUUUCGGCCUUCACGUGGACGAAGACUCUCUGGUGUACCUGAUGCUGGCCAACCACAUCCUUCACACGCUGUAUCCCGACUGCAUCACCGUGGCGGAGGAUGUGUCGGGGAUGCCCGCCCUCUGCAGGGCAGUGAAAGAAGGCGGGCUGGGUUUUGAUUAUCGUCUAGCCAUGGCCAUUCCCGAUAAGUGGAUUCAGAUCCUGAAAGAAUUCAAGGAUGAAGAGUGGGACAUCGGCAACAUCGUGCACACGCUGACCAACAGACGCUACGCGGAAAAGAGCAUCGCUUACGCCGAAAGUCACGACCAGGCGCUGGUAGGCGACAAAACGCUGGCGUUCUGGCUGAUGGACAAGGAGAUGUACACCAAUAUGAGCUCGCUGGCUCCCAUGACUCCCGUCAUCGAUCGCGGCAUGCAGUUGCAUAAGAUGAUCCGUUUGCUCACGCACGCUCUGGGCGGCGAAGCUUACCUCAACUUUAUGGGGAACGAAUUCGGUCACCCGGAGUGGCUGGAUUUCCCCCGAGAAGGCAACAAGCAGAGCUACCACUACGCCCGGCGGCAGUUCGACCUGCUGGAUAUGACGCAUCUACGCUACCGCCAGCUUUACGCCUUUGACCGCGACAUGAACCGCACCGAGGAUAAGUACGGCUGGCUGGCGGCGGCGCCGGCCUUCGUGAGCGCCAAGCACCAGGACGACAAGGUCAUCGUGUUCGACAGGGCCAACGUACUCUUCAUCUUCAACUUCCACCCCAGCAAAAGCUUCCAGGACUACAAGGUGGCCGUGGAGGCCCCGGGAAAGUACAAAAUCAAGCUGGAUUCCGACGAGAGGAUGUACGGAGGACACGGACGGCUUGACCACAACACGGAGUUCUUCACAGAGCCGGAGCCUUUCAACGGACGCUCCCAUUCCAUGCGGGUGUACAUCCCCUGCAGGACCGCCAUUGUGCUGGCCAAUGAGGAGAUCGAUUACUGUUAUUAG